UUUUUUGCUUAUUGCGUUGCAGAGUAAGAAAUGACGGAAGCGUGCGACGCAGUGUUGGUAACUCGCGGCGACAUCUGUGUUCCCGCUAGUGCGGAAUCCGUCUGCGCUCUUCUCUCGCGUGCCGCGCCGCCGUUAGAGGACGCUCGCGUCCGUCUCAGCGUCACCCGAGCCGCACUCACUGUCUCCCCCAGGACGGAUGAAGGCUUCGAAUCAGACCCAGACUCCCUGGGCGACGAAAAAACCCCUCAGGCGUCGCCCUCAGACACCAGCAGCGCCAACAGCUCCGGCUCGGACACUGAACCGGAACCAUUGGCAACUCUCACCUCCGCUUUUGCCAACGGAUCCCUCUUGGCUGUGGUUAAAGAUCACAAAGAAUGUCUGAUUUUCGACUGUCACUUGCCGCAUCAUGCCAACGCCCUUCUACAGGCCUUCGGGGACAUGAAGCCCAAACAGUCUUUCAAUAACAACAUUCAUGACGACGAGGGCUCCCAUCAGUUGUUUCCCCAAACCCAAAUUAAACCCGCACUCACGAAGAGCGCUAGCCUUGAUCCGGGAAGUUCCGAGCCUUCGCAGGACACCCGAGACUCUGGAAAAACACUCUGUGUUCCUUCCGUACCAUAUGCCCUGUUCCAGGAUGGCCUCAAGUUGUCCCUCAGUGGGAAACUAAUCAAAGAACCCCCGUUAUCACUCCAGAAAACCCCCGAGCAUUCACAGCACGACAACCAGCAAUCCUUAGAAAAAAGGCUCUGCAUUGCUCCCACACCGAACAACACCUCGUUCCACAGUCCCCUCAAACUGUUCCUCACUGGUAAGCGUCCCACGGACAAGACCACCCCUGCGCCCCAGCGCAUAUUCGGCAGUCAAAUGUCUUUUGAAACUCUCACCGGAACCCAAGGCUCAAUCAAGAAACUUUCAGCUAGUUCUACAAUAGCCAAGAACACUGGGAUACACGAUAACCUCCGUCACUCAUUUCUCCCUGGGAGACACACCAUAGACAAGAUGUCGUCUUUGCAGAAAGGCUCGAAUGAUCGCCACAGUCUGAAAGAAUCUCUCCAGAGGAAAGACGUUGUCGUCAAAAAUAGCAGUGUCCCUACUGGGAUGCAACCCGAGCAAAAAUCGUCAGUUUUCCAGCAGAAGACUGUGCCAGGUUCACAAGCUCAAAAAGACGUCAUUCCGACGAGCAAUUCCGCAACGAAGGAGAACACUUUGACGCAUUCCCGCACAGCGUCCAAAAACGCCUUCCCGGACGGCAAUGGGUCGUCAUUCCACGCUGUGAACAAAACUUCGUCAAGCACCAAAAAUAACUCAUCGCGGACGAGUGACCAGCAGACGCUUGCGUCACAGGCGACCUCUGGCGGAGACGAGCCACGUCAGGCUCUCGAUACCAAUAAAGCAUUUGAGAAAUCAGAAAGUGGCAAUAGUCUAGAAAACGAGAGUUUCGAAGACGACUCGUCGUCUUUCUUGAGGCCUACGCAGUCUCUGCGGCAAAUGAAACUCGACGGUCGGAGCGUGUGUGUGAGCGUCAACAAUGUGAUUAUCGAGAAGCGGAAACCCUGGAGUCUGUUGCAGCACACUGACGAAAACGGAGUCACUCACAUUGAGAUAGAAAACGGAGUCACUCAUCGGAGCUUGUGUGACAUCCUGUUGCCCGAUGCUGGGGAGCACAGCAGCAUCGUGAGCAUCAGUGCACCUGACCCACCUGAAACGUACAGGAGCCUGGACUCCAUCAUACUCCCGAAAAGCGGUAUGAGUAAGCCCAGGCAAAGGAAGCCUGCUUUAUUCAUAAAGGCUCCGAAAACUCCCACUGGAAUCACCAGCAGCAGCGACGCGGAAGCCCUGGUCCCUAGCAGAAGUUUCUGGGACUCGAACCCACCCGGGGUCAAGCACCACCCCAGCAAAGCCGCCACUUUCGUGGUGCCCACCAAGAGCGGCGCGGAGCCCNAAAUCUCCGCAUCAGUACGUUCACAAGGAAUCACCAGCAGCAGCAGCGACGCGGAAGCCCUGGUCCCUAGCAGAAGUUUCUGGGACUCGAACCCACCCGGGGUCAAGCACCACCCCAGCAAAGCCGCCACUUUCGUGGUGCCCACCAAGAGCGGCGCGGAGCCCAGAAAGGUGCUGUACCCCAAGGAGCCUCACGUGGUGCCGAAGCCCAGGACGGAGUUCUACCCGCAAAACUGCUUCUUCUUCUCCACCAAGCAGUCCGUGGUCUUCGCACAGGUGGUACCACCGCCGGAACCCCGGCGGAGUCGCAGCAAGAGCCCAGCUCGGGCACCACAAGUACCCUGGCCCCACAAGGUGCUGCGGGAAUUCAGCGAAGCCAUGCGGAAGCGGAGAAUCAAGGACGAUUUCGCGGAACGCAUGAAGAGCUUUACCAGGGGUGACUCGGGUCCUGCCAAACCGGCCAUCAGGAAAAGCUGCAGGGGCACCAAGACCCGGGGUUCCGGGCGCAGAGUCACCUUCAACUCCUACGCCACUGUGAGGCUCCUGGAAACCUGAAUCCCACGCAGUCAAUGAUGGUGUUUGACUUGAUCUUUCUGAUGAUGCUGAGCUUCUGAUGAUGGCGCUUCAGCUAGUUUUUUUUUUUUUU